CUCUCUCUCGGAAGCGAGACGACAAAAGAAAAAACAUUUAGGACAAAACCAAAAGAACCCUAAUAAAAGAGAGAGGCAGAGCAAGAAGAUAAGAGAGCUAAAAGCAGGAGAAAAUGGGGAUAAAGGAUCUUCUCAGAUUCAUGAAACCUUACAUUCUUCCCAUUCACAUCCAGAAAUACGCAGGAACACGAGUGGGAAUCGAUGCGUAUUCAUGGCUACACAAAGGAGCGUACUCAUGCAGUAUGGAGCUGUGUUUAGACACUGAUGGGAAGAAAAAGCUGAGAUACAUUGAUUACUUCAUGGACAGAAUCAAUCUCCUUCAACACUAUGAGAUUACCCCAGUCGUUGUUCUUGAUGGUGGUCGUAUGCCCUGCAAGGCUGCCACUGGCGACGAACGCCAAAGGAAGCGAAAGGCAAACUUUGAUGCUGCAAUGGCGAAGCUUAAAGAAGGGAAUGUUGGAGCAGCUGUUGAGUUUUUCCAGAGAGCAGUUAGUGUAACAUCAUCCAUGGCUCAUCAAUUGAUUCAGGUUCUGAAAUCAGAAAACGUGGAGUUUAUCGUAGCUCCAUAUGAGGCUGAUGCUCAGCUAGCAUAUCUAUCCAGCCUUGAACUGGAACAAGGGGGGAUUGCUGCUGUUAUUACCGAGGACAGUGACUUACUUGCCUAUGGCUGCAAAGCUGUUAUCUUUAAGAUGGAUCGGUACGGUAAAGGGGAGGAACUGAUUCUAGAUAAUGUUUUUCAAGCCGUUGAUCAGAAGCCUUCUUUCCAGAAUUUUGAUCAAGAGCUAUUCACUGCAAUGUGCGUACUAGCUGGAUGUGAUUUUCUGCCCUCUGUUCCUGGUGUUGGCAUCUCGAGGGCUCAUGGAUUCAUCUCCAAAUACCAGAGUGUUGAACGUGUUUUGUCAGUUCUCAAGACGAAAAAGGGCAAACUAGUUCCUGAUGAUUACUCCAACUCUCUGAUGGAAGCAGUUUCAGUUUUUCAGUAUGCUCGUGUUUAUGACUUUCAUGCUAAGAAGCUCAAGCACUUGAAACCCCUCUCACAGAACCUCGUGAAUUUAUCAGUUGAAGAGCUUGAGUUCCUGGGACCAGAUCUCUCACCAUCUGUUGCUGCUGCAAUUGCUGAAGGGAAUGUUGAUCCCAUAACCAUGGAGGCUUUUAACCGCUUCUCGGUUUCCGAGAGACAACCGAAGAAGCCUGUCCCAUCAUUCAAGGAACAGGAAAAGGGAAGCUCCUUUUUGUUAUUGCCUUUGUCCGAAAGUGAGGAAAGAAUAAAUCUCAAAAGAAGUGCAGGUGAAGCUGAGAUCGGUCCAGAAACUGUUCUGGAGGCUCCAAAGUACUUCAAACAAGAUUUAGAUCUACACAAACUGAUGUUGCCGCAGCCUGACAAGGAUCAUAUGGUUAUUCGGACCAGCAAUCCCUCGCCGGCUCCGGAUAACAAUCCAUUCAAGAUCAGAAGAAAAACCGAUGAAAUCAAAAUGGAAGAGUAUGAUUUGCAAGAACUCAAGGUUUCUUUUGAGACCAAUGGUGAAGCAAUGGAUGUUACAUCUCGAAAGGAGGUUACAAUCGAUUUGUCCAAGCUUGACGACUCUGUAAUCAAACAAGACUCUGAGGAGAACAUAGAGAAGAAAAGAUCUGUGGAUUCAAAAGAUGUAGUUGAAAUUCAAGGUCAUGCCAACAUGACUACAAAGAGAGUGCGUGGAGCAAAACCUAGAGCUGAGAGUUUCAAAGUGAAAACAAGCUAUGACAAGAAGGCUAAUAAGAUCAACAAGAAAAGCAGUAUAUUAGAUUUCUUUCAUCCAUUGUAAUCUUAUUUAUCUUGUUCUUUAAUAUUUGUUUGUCAUCUCUUCAAAAUAUGUAUGAAUUUUUUUACUUACUUACAUAGUUCA